AUGGAUUCAACUAUACAUAAUAGUAAUAAUGGUAUUUCAUCCAAUAUUGAUAAUACACUAAGUCCAGAUGGUCAAGAAAAUGUUUCAGAUUCACUUUUGGAUACAUCAGAAAUGGGUGAUGAAGCUGAUCUUGAUACAAUGCGUAAACGUAUAAGAGAAAUGGAAGAAGAAGCUGAAAAAUUAAAACAAAUGCAACUUGAAGUUGAAAAACAAAUGCAAUUACCUGGUACACCAGGAACACCUCCAUUUCCAACCAUCGAAGAAAAAAUGGAAGCUGAUUUACGAUCAGUUUAUGUUGGAAAUGUUGAUUAUUCAGCAACAGCACAAGAACUAGAAAAUCAUUUUCAUGGCUGUGGUUCUAUUCAUAGAGUUACUAUUUUAUGUGAUAAAUUUACUGGGCAACCAAAAGGUUUUGCUUAUGUUGAAUUCUCCGAUAAGGAUUCUGUACAGACUGCACUUGCUCUUGAUGACUCAUUGUUUAAAGGACGUCAGAUUAAAGUCACUGAAAAACGAACAAAUCGACCUGGUGUAUCAACAACUGAUCGACCGCCACGUGGUGCAAUUCGUGGGUUUGGACGUGGUCGAUUUCCUCGUGGUGGUGCUUAUAUGCCUUAUGUAUCUGCACCUUAUCGUGGUCGUAUUGCUCGACCGUUUUUUCGUGGUCGUGGUCGAUCAAGUUAUUUUUAUUCACCUUAUUAA